AUUAAAUCUAAACGGCUCAUUCCUCCGACGAUUUUCACGUUAACUUUUUAGUCAUUUCAAAACAAAGUUUGAUUGAAAAAGAAUCAUUCUAUAUCCCUGGUUUACUUGUGGCAGAAAUGGCUCCAAAGCAAAGUGAGGUGUGAUCAACACAAAGGAUGGAGGAAAGACUGGAGAGAAGGAUGAGAUGACAUAACUUUUUGAGUAGGGAGCACCAUCUCUCCUCAAAUUCUGUGUUGUAUAGUUAGUUACUCUGCUCUCUUGAAUCCUAAAAGAACUCAAACGGCUUACCUCGAUCCACCUGCAAGAUAACCCUCAACCGAGAAGAACCAAGCAGCAACAUUUCAGAGAUUUACAGAUUCACCUGUCAACAUCACCGACUGUAAAUUUUGGGUUCACACCAGCAGGAUGCAGCGUUUCAGGGAAGGCAUCCACAUACGGACCAUGAAGGCCAAGAGGAAAGUGGAAGAGAUCUCCAAAGAGGACAUCCAGACUUUUCUAAAAAAGAAUGCCUUUGUCCUCUUCACAGUUGGUGCAGUUAUUGUAGGAAUUAUUCUUGGAUUUGCAUUGCGUCCCUAUAAGAUGUCUUAUCGAGAGGUAAAGUACUUCUCUUUCCCUGGAGAACUACUGAUGAGAAUGCUGCAGAUGCUUGUUCUACCCUUAUUGGUCUCCAGUCUAAUAACAGGAAUGGCAGCUUUGGACAGCAAAGCCUCAGGGAAAAUGGGCAUGAGAGCUGUGAUUUACUACAUGACCACUACCUUUAUUGCAGUCUUCAUUGGUAUCCUCAUUGUUCUUAUCAUCCACCCAGGAAAAGGUUCUAAAGAUGAAUUUGGAAAACAACAAAUGAUAGAGCAAGUCAGUCCUGCUGAUGCCUUUUUGGAUCUGAUUAGAAAUAUGUUUCCUCCAAACUUGGUCCAAGCCUGCACACAACAGUUCAAAACAAAAUAUGGAAAACAAGUCAUUCAUGUGACUGUGACAGUGAACAACACACUCUUCAAUACAACCAAUGACACCCAGGAGGUCAUGGAGAUCACCCAAGAGGAAGUGAUACCAGUGCCUGGUCAGGUAAACGGAGUGAACGCAUUGGGGUUGGUGGUCUUCUCUAUGUGUUUUGGGCUGAUAAUUGGCAACAUGAAGGAGCAAGGCCAGCUCCUAAGGGAUUUCUUUGACGGCCUCAAUGAAGCAAUCAUGCAGCUGGUUGCCAUCAUCAUGUGGUAUGCUCCUAUUGGUAUCCUGUUCCUCAUUGCAGGAAAAAUAGUGGAGAUGGAUGAUCUUACACAGAUGGGUGGCCAGUUGGGCAUGUAUACUAUCACAGUUAUAAUUGGGCUAAUGAUCCAUGCCAUUCUUAUUCUUCCCACCCUGUACUUUGUCAUCACUCGGCAGAACCCUUUCAUUUUCAUCGCUGGCCUUGUGCAAGCUUUGGUCACAGCAUUGGGAACCUCUUCAAGCUCAGCCACCCUCCCUGUAACAUUUAAAUGUCUGGAAGAGAACAACAAGAUAGACAAGCGAAUUACUCGUUUUGUAUUGCCUGUGGGUGCCACAAUCAACAUGGAUGGCACUGCUCUCUAUGAAGCGCUUGCAGCCAUUUUUAUUGCCCAAGUCAACAACAUGGAGAUGAACUUUGGUCAGAUCAUCACCAUCAGCAUUACAGCAACUGCAGCGAGCAUUGGAGCUGCUGGGAUCCCACAAGCAGGCCUGGUCACUAUGGUGAUUGUAUUAACAUCUGUUGGACUUCCUACCGAUGACAUUACUCUGAUCAUUGCAGUUGAUUGGUUCCUGGACCGUCUGCGUACCACCACCAACGUUUUGGGAGAUUCAAUUGGAGCCGGCAUCAUAGAGUUCCUCUCGCGACAUGAGCUUCGCAGCAAAGAUGUGGAGAUGGGAAACUCUGUGCUGGAGGAAAAAGAGAGGCAGAAACCUUACAAGCUCAUCUCACAAGAUAGUGAUUUGGAAAAUGACAAACGUGGUCACAAUGAAUCGAGCAUGUAG